UGGAGAGGUGAUUCAGUUCGAGACCUCCUGCAGGCCAUAUCCAGCUGUUACGCGGCUUUGUGCGGUGUGCCUCGUGUGGCUCAAGCUCUGAUCUCUGCCAUGGCGGCGGCGUCCGGCCGGGAUCGUGUCGCCUCCGCGCUCCUUAUCCUCCUGCUUGUUCUGGGCGCCACCGCGGAGACUACUGAGGCCAACGCCGCCGUUGAUCCCAACCAGGAGCGUCAGGUGCCGUGGAGUCCUGCGCCUGCACCCUCCCCCAUGAACCCGAUCGACUGCCGGAGCGCGCUGUCGUCGCGGCCGAACCUGUGCAACAGGGCGUGCGGGUCCUGCUGCGCGCGCUGCAGCUGCGUGCCACCGGGCACCUCCGGGAACUACCACAUGUGUCCCUGCUAUGCCGCCAUCACCACCCGCGGCGGCCGCCCAAAGUGCCCCUGACGCCGCCGGCCGGCCGCCGGUCACAGAACAAGAACAAGAACGACAACGACUCGCCUGUGUAGUACUAGCUAGUCGUGUGCGACGUGUGUACGACGAGCAAUAAUAUUAAUGUUGCCAUGGACGGUUCCGUUUAUAUGCAUCAUGCGCAUGCGCGCCCGCAUUUUUUGCAAUUUA